GUCGAGCGACCAGCAGUAGGGUCGACAGGUUAAAAGGGCUGGGGUUGGCGGAGAUCUGGCGAUUAUUGAUAAACGUGGUGAGACUGGGGCGAGGUUUGGUUCAGCGCUAAGACUCGCGCCCCCGACGCCGAUGUUGUCUGCGGGCGGUGAAUUCAGUGCAAAGCUCCCCGACUGCCCUUUAUUCAGUUUCACAUACGUCAGGAUACUAGCAGAUUGUGAAAACGACUACCCGGUUCACAAAGCAUUCCGGCUGAAGCAUCAAACACCAUGGCUGGCACAGAGUCAACAGUGGAAACAACCAAGCAGACCUUCGUGCAGAAGUUCCGAGCAUGGGGAGAAAAUCCAUUUCCGCCCACACUCCUUGCGACCCUCAUCACAGCGCAAUAUAUGCGCCCGCUCCAAGCCGUGCCUAUGCUCUUCCCGCCGGUCCUUCUCUUCACCAGCUACGCAAACCUGCAAGGCUUCAAAACUGAUAGCGCGGGUAUCAGCGCUGCUUGGUCCGGUCUAUAUCUUUUGCUCGCCGGACGACGCAAACAACCAUUUAUGAAGAAAUGGGGUGCCCGUGGUAUCACCCGAGGCGCCACGAUGGGACUAUGCCUAGUUAACAUGGUUGGCGGUGGGCUGGCUUAUACGCUGGGUAAGAGGGAGGAUGAGGAAGAUGAUGAGUAAAUAUUGCUGGUGCUGAGCGGGCUUGCUUGCCUGCCAGGCUGUAUUAUCUACGGACGAAUGUAUACUAGAUGUGGGCUGGUUGGAGCAUGGGUAUGGUGUUAGGCUGGGUAUUGAUUGAUAUCUAUUACUAUGAUUGAAGGUGCUCCUCUGUGUAAUUGAGCAAAAUUUAUUCCGAGUACGGCUGUUCCGAGAGAACAAAGUCUCGAACCUUUUCCUGUACUAGCCAGUCAAGAUCACUCGGGUUUGAUGGGUUCGACUGGAUAGCUUCUCGCGCCUUUGUCGAACUCACGGAUUGCUUUUCGUCCUUGUCUCCCUCAACAAGAUGAAUUUGCUUUGCCCAUUCCCGCUUACCCCCCUCGCU